AGCUUAGCGGAGUUCCCGGAUGAGCAAUGGCGAAUGAGUUCGGCAGUGGAUAACGCGCGUCUGUGUUUAGAUAUUCAAGCGUUUCAUGUAUGGUUUAUCAAUGUUUUCAACUUAUUUUCUGUAAUUAACUCGAUGAAAUAACCUGGCAUUGAUGGUGAUGCAUGCUAGGAAACUUCCUCGGCUGAAUGAUGGCUACAGUGCAAAGUCCGGGUACGAUGAGAUGCUGGUGCACACCUCUCCCAACGGCAAGCCGAGCUACACACGCAGCGUCAGCCCGGACUCGCGCUCCCAGAGUCCGCGCUACGCGAGCAGCAAGUCUUCGUACCACCGCGACGGCCGACUCAAAGACUACCGGGACCACCGCGACUACCGAGAUAGAGACAGGCACAGAGCUUCUGAGAGCAGUCCUCGAGACCGGGACCGGGACCGUGAUCGAGACCGGGACCGGGACCGGGACCGCUACAGAGACCGCGAGAGGGACCGGGACCGAGAGCGAGACAGGGACCGAGACUCGAGUCGCUCGUACGAGCGGUCAGACAGGGACAGAUCAGAGGUGCGCAGGGACGACCGGCCGUCGCGCGUCGGGUCCUGGACGGAACACGUCUCUUCGUCGGGCAAAAAGUACUACUACAACUCGACGACGGAGGUGUCCCAGUGGGACAAGCCGCGCGAGUGGCUGGAGGCGGAGCGGCGCGAGCUUCGCGACUCGGAGCCGGGCCCGCACCAGCGGCCGGCGCCGGGCGCGGCCACCCCGGCGGCGGCCGGAUCGGCCGGCGCCGCGGCGGCCGCCUCGGCAGCAGCAGCGGACACAAAGUCAGGCUAUGACCGAGUGUCGGUGGGCGCCGGCGCUCGGCGCGACUCUGGCAGCGAGAGCCGCGAGGUGGGCACGCCGCGGGACAGCGGCAGCCGCGCGCAUCGCGACAGGGCCGAGCAGCGAGCCGACCGGCUGCGGCGGCGCUCCGACGAGCCGCGCACCAAUGGACAGACACAGAGACACCGCCGCGCUGGGAGGAGUCGCCGGUGCCGCUGGCAGCGCCGCCGGCGCGCCGCCAGACCCCAGGACAUGGAGAUCUCUUCAGGCGACAGCACGCCCACGGAGGAGGCGGCGUGCGGCGGCGGCGGUCUGUCGGAGGCCGCCGCGCCUCGGCUGGCCAGCCUGACGGCCGUCAGCCUGUCAGCGGCGCUGCCGCGUCUCCUGGAGGCGGCACCGGGCGGCGAGACGCCGCCGGCGGAGGACCGCGGCCCGCCCACACCGACACUCUCCGAGCCCGUGGACACGCCCGACCGGCGAGCCGACCUGGCGAGUCCGUGCAGCAGCAUCAGCAGCCUGCAGCAGUCGAGUCUGGCGGCGCUGCGGCCGGCCGUGGCGCCGCAGCUCACACCGGCCCAUUUCCAAUACUACAGCGAGAACCUGAUCCAGCACGUGGUCCAGUGGCCGGCCACGCUGAUGGAGAAACAGGCCAACCGAACCAGCGCCGAGGCGUGCCACGUGGCCAGCCUGCUGAUGACCAAGGCGGCCACCGACCUCAAGAUGGCCCGCUCUUUAGUGAGACUGGCAGAGAUUCAGGCCACGCUACAGGAACAAAGGAUCCUCUUCCUGCGACAGCAGAUCCACGAGCUGGACGAGCUCAAGUCUCAGAACUCGUUCAUGUCCGACACCUAGCGGCGGCGGCGGUCACAUUGCGCGCCACCCAACCUUGUGAUAGCCGCCGCCACACAUUCCACGACCGGCAGGCCGAGCGGGCGGCCGCCGCCGGGCGCCGCGCCGCCUCCCCACCCUCUCAGGGGCCACCAUCCGCGCCGGCCGGCCUUUUAGCUUUUAUCUGGUCCUCGACGCUGUGUCUUAGUUCACUUCACGCUGGCGUCCCCGACUGUUGAGUGUCGCGCGGCCCGCGGAGCCGCCGGCGCCGGUGGCGGCGCCACUGCCCCGGGCGAGCGGACCGGCCGGCGGCCGUGCGCGGCGCGCGCGCGCUAUUUAUUCAGGGGGCGCUGGGCGCGCGCGCGCGAGCGGGCGGUCCGCCGGCGCGGCCGGUGUCCUCUCUGUAAUGUUUGUACAGCCGUGGGUGUCGCGCCGCGCCGGGCACAGACUGUGUGCGUGUGUGUGUAUUGUACGGCAUGGUUGCGGUCAAUUCCACGGAGAAACUGAAUGAAUAAAACGAUAUGUGAAA